AUGACAGUGCGACCAGGGAAGAGCAAACCAAGGGCUCCGAUUUAUGGUGGUAUGUUGGUCACCAAAUUGGCCAGAUCUUAUGGGGUGUUUGAUGAUCCUGGGGUUGAGUUUCUGAAAUGGAAGGAAGGCCACCCAUUUCAGCCACGUUUAUUCAAGAGUGCUAUAAUAGUGAAGGAUAUGGGAAAUAACACUUAUUCAGUGCCGGUGGAUGAUGAGGUUGUGGUUGCAGCAGUGCCCCCGAGUGGAGCACCUUCACACUACACUUACAUACCAUAUUGGGAGGAGCAUUGGGCCGAGAAUAGAGGAGGCAUGGGUACUAGUGGGGCUAGAGAUGGAGAUGAUAAGGAAGAAGAGUGA